AGUACAGUCAUUUAGAUCACGAGUCAUUUAAAUGGGAUUAUUGUUAAAUGUUUAACAUUAAGAGAACUUGAACUAAUUAUUGAGAGCAUAACUUCACAAGAAAAAUGUAAGAGAAUCAUAGGAAACAAUUAACAGAGAAGCAGGCUCAUUUUAAUAUCCUUCCAUUUACAAAGAGAUUUAAUUUUGCAACCAGUACAGUCAACCUUGAACAUAUAUGCAGCUGAAAUGGACUCAGAAUUUGCUUUUUGCUUCUUUGUCUGCAAUUAGUGCUCACAGGUAGAGUUUGCACAGGUUGCUGGGUGACUAGACAGAUAGGUGGACCAUCCAGUAAUUUCAUUUACAACUCAUACAACAAAGAGUGCAUCUAAAAUGUAAUUUCUGAGACAUACAAAGUAUUUCCUGGCAGUAUGCUUAUGUUUUGGGGUCGUAAUAAUACAUAAUUAAGGAUAAAGAAGAAUAAAGAAAAUAAGGAUUACAAAACAGAUCAUGCCCGAGAAAGAUGCCAGCAUUUAAAAGUGAUAGGGGAAAUUAUAUGAUCACAGUUCUUAGUAACAUCAUCUGAAGAACAUAUUUUUAGACAACUUCAGGAUAUUGUGCAAGCAUGCAUGUAAGCAGUUCUGUGUGCAAGAAGUAAGGGUAUAAAACACCCUUGAAAGCAGAACAUUACCAUAACUUCCUGCUAGCUGAGUGAGUGCAGCUUCGACCACUGAAACUGUUUAACCAGCCAUGGCUGAAUUUCAGGACUAUGACCCCUUUGCUGUUUCUAACAGCACUGACAAUUACAUAUAUGAAAUUGAUGGAAUUUUGACCCCUGCGAUUCAACCUAUCCAGAUAGCUGCACUGGUUUUCUACGGACUUGUGGUUUUGCUGGGUGUCCCUGGAAAUGCUUUGGUGGUUUGGGUGACAGGAUUCUGCAUGCCCCGCUCUGUCACUUCCCUCUGGUUCCUCAACCUAGCUCUGGCUGAUCUCCUGUGCUGCCUCUCCAUUCCACUUCUCAUGGUCCCUAUAGCCCAUGAUGACCACUGGCACUUUGGCCCGCUGGCCUGCACUCUGGUCAAAAGCCUGUUUUACCUGGUGAUGUUCUGCAGCAUCCUGCAGCUGGUUCUGAUCAGUGUGGAUCGGUGGCUGCUGGUUAGCAGACCAGUCUGGUGUCAGAACAAGAGGCGACCGAAGCCAGCUGCCUUCAUGUGUGUCGCUAUCUGGUGCUUGGCCUUUUUGGGUAGCAUCCCCGGGUUUGUUUAUACCAGGGAGAUCAAAGCUGGGGAAGAAAAACGAGAGUGUAGGACAGAGAUCCCUACACACAGUGCCUGGUUGGUCACCUCCUUCCGCUUUGUGGUGGGAUUCUUCCUCCCUUUCCUGGUAAUCAUAGUCUGUCACUGGGUGGUUUACUGCAAAGCAGAGAGUGGGCUCUCAAGGGGUCGGACCCGCUCCAAGCGCACACUGAGGGUCAUCAUUGCAGUGGUGCUGAGCUUCUUUCUGUGCUUGCUUCCUCUACACAUUGUGGACUUCAUCGAUUUGAUUACCCCUCGAAAUUCCACAAACAGUCCCACAGUUUACCUGGCACAGGUUCUAACACUGUGUCUGGCCUAUUUCAACAGCUGCCUCAACCCACUACUCUAUGUGUGUCUGGGCAGGGGCUUCAAGGACAGCAUGAACCGCUCCCUGCGCAGCAUCCUGCACUUCAUCAGCGAGGAUCCGAGCAUUAGAGUGAGCAUUACUAACAACGACACAAAGAGCACAAGCAAUGAGAAAGAGACGACUAAAAUCUGAAGAUAUAUCACCUCUGAUAUACUGUAUAUUAUGCUUUUAUUGUGUAAAUGGAAACCACUCUCUGUUAAGAGUUAUCAUUGCUUUACUUACAGCACUGCACAGCUGUAUGUAUUUCACCAUGAAGUCAGAGUUAAGAUGUGACUUGUCAAGAACAUUUUUCCUGACAGACUUUACAUUUCCAAACUGUAAAUAAAAAAAACAUUGAUGUUUUGGUGCAUAUUUCUUUUCACAGGCAUUUGAGUGAUUUCUAAAAAGAAAGGAUCGAGGGAACUGGGUCAGAUAUGCAAAUCAGGAACUAGUACAUUUGUCAUGUUUGCUGUGAGCAUUCUUGUCUGGUGCAACAUCUUCUGAUGCUUCUGAUGGUUCUGUGUAUUUAUGUGAUUCCAAGUAAAUCAGAAAUGGGCUAAUUCCUGUUUUUACUCUUUGUGUGUUUCAACUAAACCUAAGAGAUCAGUUAAUUAUAUAUGCAUUAUUUAUAUAAAGAACAAAAACAAAUUAGCCCUUCUAUCACGUGUACUUGAUUUCCUCAUGUAAAAGUAACAUCAUGAUAGUGAUAGCAGGAAACAGUCACAUCCUCUUGUGUUACAGUUCUACGCAUCAUCCACAAGAGGGAGCUACAUUCUACUUUACUGUUCAGUUACUCUUGUGCUUACAGAUGGUGAAAUCUCAGAGCUACAGAUCUUUGAAACAGUACAUCUGAUCAGAGUAAAAAUUAAACAACCAUUACAGAUUUUUGUGAUGCAGAAUUGUGAAAUAAAGGGAUCAGAAGAAAUACACAACUUAGCAUGUGCACCAUGAAUGUAAAUUUAAUCAUGUUAUCACCUGCCUGAACUUAUACAUAGUAACUUGUGUUUUAGACAGAUUUUUGUGCCAGCCAGUCAACAUUAUACGACUAAACUAUGAAUAAAAAAUUCAAGACUAA